AUAAGAUUUGCUAGACAUGCGCAUCAUUUGCCGUUUUUCAUGGAUUCUGGGCACACGUCAUUACUCAAGUUUUUACUUGAAUUUUGUUUUGUAUUUUCUCAUUUUUGUGUGGAAAUUCUAAAUUUAAAUGAGUUUAAUAUAAACGUGUAAAUGUUAUCUGUGGUGUAAAUAAUGGAAGAUGAUAUAAAGCAAUAGAUAGUGCAUAAAUCUACCUAUUUAAUCGCAUAAAUAUAAGAAAAAAAAACAAACUUAAUUUUUUUGUGCAAAAUUUGCAUAAAUUAAAUUGCAAUUUUUAUUCCAACAACAACACUAUGAAACCCGCAACGAGAACAACAACAACAAAUAAUAAUAAUAAUAAUAACAACAAUAAUACUGCCAAAGAUGUUACUGUUACAACCAUUAAUGACCACAAUAAGAUUCCUCGAGUGGAAAAGGUCGUCUUUGACAACCGCAUCAAACGUAAAAAUGUCUUGGCACUAAAUGAAAAAGUUGCUGCCAUACGUGAAUAUGAAAAACGGCCGGUUUACAAACGUAUAGGACGGAUGUUUCAAUGCAGUCCCGAUCAAAUAAAACGUAUAGUUCAGCAAAAAGAUGCCAUAUUAAAUGCCUGGGAACAGAGAACACGUAAGUGUCGAGAUGCCAAGACAUUGGAAAUGAAAGUGGUGAAGGUGUCAAUGUUGGGAAAGGCCGUCUACGAAUGGAUACGACGUAUGAUGUAUUACAAGGAUAUUUUAAUAACAGAUGGCCUUAUACAAAAGAUAGCGCUACAGUUUAAAAGUGCCAUGGGAUUGCAGAAUUUCUUUCCUCAUCCGGAUUGGUGUAAUAAAUUUCGUUCCACAUAUAAUAUUGCCACAUGCGACAGUAAGUUAUUAAAUAUCGGCUAUACACAGGGACAUUCGGUGCAAAUAAAGGAUGUCAUGAAAGAUGUUUUAUCCGAAUGUUCACCCGAUCACGAGGAUGGCGCUGACGGUGAUGGCGACGAUGAAGUGGAAUGUAUUGAUGAUAGAGACGAAGAGGAAAAUGGUAACUGUGAAAAUGAUUGUAUCAGUAUACAUAGUGAUGAAGGAGAGGUGAGAGUGAAAACUAAGCUAAGAAAGAAAAUAACAGAUAAAAAUGAACGUAAACCAAACAAUGAAGUCGUCAGCUCCAAGCCAGUACAAAUAAUGCCUCAUGCUCAAUUGCAGGGCUUAAGACAGUUGGUGGCACUACCCAUACCAGCAAAUGGUAUGCCAGGCCUGUCUCAAAAAGUUUUAGUAGCUACUCCCAUUGUAGCACCAGGACAACGACAGGGUUCAGCACCCAUGACUAUGACUAUUAUACCAUUGGCUUCUUUAGCCCAACCAUCAAAUGCGGUAAAUACCUCUAAUACUAUGGGUGCAGUAGCAGCCGGUUCCUCCAUCUCCCCUAAUAGCAACAAUAACAGUGGCAAAGAUCAGCCAGUGGUGGUGCCGCCUCCCAUGCUAGAAAUUAAAAAGGAAAUCAAAGAAGAACCUAAAGAUGAUGAUGAUAUUGUAGAAAAACGAGAAGAGGAAGUUAUAAAAAUUAAGAAGGAAUAUCUAACCGAUGAUGAAGAAACUACAGAAGAUACUACAGCAAAACAAACGCAAAUACCAACUAUACAAACCAACACACCCACACAUAUUGUAGCUAUACCUUUGGCCAAUAAGGAUAUGUUGGAAGAAUCUACCAACGAUUCCCUAGAUGAUCUAACGUUAUCUUCUUUAAGAAAACGCAUUAAAACCGAAGAACCUAAUGCCGAACCGAAUUCAAAUUCAGAAAUAAAUUCUUCUCCUCCACCCUUGACUUCAAUACAAGCUGUAACUACAGUUACAAGAACUCAAGUUGAAAUGCCACCUAUGCCUCCUUUAACUAAAGCUCCUAUCCAAAGAAAUAACUCACCACCAACAACAUCAUCACUAAAACCACAUACAACUCCUGCACUUAACUCAUCACCACCACAAGCACCUUCCAACCGUUCUAGUCAUAAACGUCUUAGAUCAGACGAGGACCAACCAGCAUUACCACCCAUACGUUCAUAUGCCGAAGGUAGAAAAUACUUAAAACUUUUGGAAGAUUUUGCUUUAGAACGUGAAAAUUUCCGUUUAAUCGGUUUAAUAACGAGAGCCGAUGAAGUUUUGAGAGAAUUAGAUCGUAAGGAGAACAAUGAAGACGAAGAUGUUGAUAUAGAUUAAUGCUGGUUAUUAUUACACUUAUUAUUACUUUUACUUUUUAUACCAAAAAUUAAAUACCAAAGUGUGUUUAUUGUUAUCAUAGUUAUUUAAGUUAGUGAUUGAAAUAAAAUGAAUUUAUCUGUAAAUAUAAAAACUGAAUAUAAAUUGAAUUAAAAUUUUCUAAGAAAAUUAUAAUCUAUAAAAACUUUACUCAACAGAUUUGCAAUGUUUUACAAAAUAUUUCAAUAUAUUAUUUUUUGCUGAAUUUCUAAGAAAUUUUGUAUUAUAACUGAAAAAAGCAAUGAAUGCUCCAAUAAAAAACUAAAACUUUAUAAAA